AUGACUGCCGGUGUUUCCUUCUGUUCGUCGUCGUCGGUCCUCCGGACCGCGUCCUCCUCGCAAUGCACGAGCAGCAGCAGCAACAGUAGGAGCAGUCGAGGUUGUCUUUUUUUUCGCAGCUCUUCUUCUUUAUCUUCUUCUCAAAGCGUUGUUGAGCGUGAUGGCAGCAGAAGGAUUGGAAGAGGAAAAAAGUUCGUCGCGUUUGCGUCGUCGUCGUCGAACGACGACAACAAAACCUCGGAGUCGCUCCAGUCUUCCUCGGUGUUCCUCCUCGGUCUCAUGGGAACUGGGAAAACCACGGUGGGUAAAAAACUCGCCGACGCUUUAGGGUACGGCUACUUCGAUACCGAUCAGUUGAUUGAACAAAUAUGCAAGCAAAAAGUGCACGAGAUAUUCGAGGAAGACGGCGAGGAGGGGUUUCGAGAGACAGAGAGCGCGAUAUUAGCGGAAGUGGCGUCGUAUAAAAGAGUGGUGGUAUCCACUGGCGGGGGCAUCGUGACGGUGAGGAAUAACUGGAUGCACUUGCACAACGGCGUGACGGUGUGUUUACAAGGCGACCACAGGACGUUGGCGAGGCGGGUGCAUAAAGACGGCGUCGGCGCGAGGCCUUUGUUGAAGGAGUGUCUUUCCGAGGAGGACGAAGAGGCGCAGAUUACGAAAAUUGAAGAGAAGAUACAGUCAUUGUGGCGAGAUAGGGGAAAGAUGUACGCGGAGUGCGACAUUGCGGUUUCGGUGAAUGGGGAAGAGGACGAGGCGUACGGCGCGAGCGUGGAGACGAUCGUGGAGAGGAUUUGUAAAUCUAUAGACAAGCGUUUGCGCGAGGACGGCAAACAGGAAAAGUUGAGAAAGGGACCAGAAGUCGGCGACAUAGAGGUGAAAGAUUUGAAAACAGGAGAGAGAAUAGAUAAGAUUGAUUGA